UGAAUUCCACAAGAUGACCAAUGACCAAGGAUUUCUCUCAUGUGCUACCACCCUCUCUCUCUCUCCUCUCUCUCUCCACUUUUUAGAGGUCCAUUUCUGGGUUUCAGCAACAACUCCCUUACCUCCCUCCACCUACAACUUCUGUUUCUGGGUUUUUUUCUUGAUUAGAAUACUCCACCUGCUCCAUCUCCAACACAUUUUUCCCAUCCUUUUUCCUGGGUUUUCUCAAAAUUUGUUUUCCCAAUAAACCCUUUUGUAAUUUAACCCAAAUCUUCUCACUCAUGUCCUAGUUCUGAAUUUUGACACACCUACACUCAAUCGAUUUCCCAUAGCUAUUCUACUAUUCCUGGCAAAGUUACCUCAUUCCCAACAAUGUUCUUCCAAAAAAAGGAAAAACCCACCAAGGCGAUGGUGAUAAAGUUCUUCCUUUUCAUCAUAUCCCUUUCCCUUUCUUCUGUUGGCGUUCAUAGCCUGAAAGCCAACGCUUCUAGCCUACACAGCGUAGAAUUUAUGGAUCAUUUGAGCUUCAAUGCUGUUUCUGUUUCAUCCAAUUCCGGUUGUGGUCUUGCAUCUAAAAACCCACAAACCCAAUCAGAAAUCCCAACAGAAGGAGAAGAAAAGGAUGGAAUUUUUGAUACCCCAUCUGUGAAACUUCAACUGAAGCACCGGUCAGUUAGUCAAGAAAUGAAGCCCGAGGACUCAGUAACUGAGUCAACAAUCAGAGACCGAGUCAGAAUUCAGACACUUCAUACCAGAAUCAUUGAGAAAAAGAACCAAAACUCCUUGUCAAGGCUACAAGUGAAAGACUUGGGGAAAUCUGAAUCUGGGAAGCAAGAAUUCAAGCCGGUGAUUGCUCCGGCGGCUUCGCCGGAGCAUUCCCCAUCCGGGUAUUCUGCCGGCGGACAGCUGACGGCGACACUCGAGUCGGGGGUGAGUCUUGGAUCGGGAGAGUACUUCAUGGACGUGUUUGUGGGUACACCUCCUAGACAUUACUCUUUGAUACUUGAUACUGGUAGUGAUCUCAAUUGGAUUCAAUGUGUUCCAUGUUAUGACUGUUUUGAGCAAAAUGGACCUCAUUAUAAUCCCAAAGAGUCUAGCUCUUUUAGCAAUAUUAGUUGCCAUGAUCCCAAGUGCCACCUUGUUUCCUCCCCUGAUCCUCCUCAGCCUUGCAAGGCAGAGAACCAAACCUGCCCUUAUUACUAUUGGUAUGGAGAUAGUUCCAAUACCACCGGCGAUUUCGCCCUGGAAACCUUCACUGUUAACCUGACCACACCCGCCGGGAAGUCAGAUCUCCGGCGGGUGGAGAAUGUGAUGUUUGGAUGUGGACAUUGGAAUAGAGGUUUGUUUCAUGGGGCUGCUGGGCUGCUAGGGCUUGGAAGGGGUCCACUUUCAUUUUCAUCACAGUUGCAAUCUUUGUAUGGCCAUUCCUUUUCCUAUUGCCUUGUUGAUAGAAAUAGCAACUCAAGUGUUAGUAGCAAGUUGAUUUUUGGUGAGGACAAGGACUUGUUAAACCACCCUCAACUGAAUUUCACUUCAUUGGUAGGUGGGAAAGAAAAUCCAGCUGAUACAUUCUACUAUGUGCAAGUGAAAUCGGUGAUCGUGGGAGGAGAGGUGGUAAAAAUCCCUGAGGAGACGUGGAACUUGUCGCCGGAGGGGGCUGGGGGUACAAUCAUCGAUUCGGGUACUACGUUAAGUUAUUUUGCUGAUCCGGCUUACAAGGCCAUUAAAGAGGCGUUUUUGAACAAGGUGAAGGGUUAUCCAGUUGUGGAAGACUUUCCUAUACUGGAACCUUGUUACAAUGUUUCUGGAGUGGAGAAACCUGAGCUACCCUCUCUUGGAAUUGUGUUUGGGGAUGGAGGGGUGUGGAAUUUCCCGGUGGAGAACUAUUUUAUCAAGCUUGAACCGGAGGAAGUCGUUUGCUUGGCAAUACUGGGGACUCCUCGAUCUGCUCUGUCGAUAAUCGGGAACUAUCAGCAGCAGAAUUUCCACAUACUGUAUGACACAAAGAAAUCCAGGCUGGGUUUUGCACCAACAAGGUGUUCAGAUGUUUAACAUGUUCUCAAGAGUUUGGGUGCUUUAGACUUUAGGAGGGGAACUAAACUGUACACAUGAUGGGUUGAGGGUCAGAUUUUUCAUUUUUCCUUUGUCAAAAGAAGUUAGUAACAUACAAGGCAUAGGAAUCUUAUUAUUUCUUUCUUUUUUCUUCUUGGGAGGUUCAUGUGAUUAUAUAUUGAUUAACAGGGAAUCUGUUUGACAUAAAUAAAAUACAUGGUUUUACAUA